GCUCAGCUCUUAGAAUUUGCCGCCGUUUUACAACUGGAAUAGCUUGAGGCGCAGCCUUACCAAUGUAGCCUUGUCGAUCCUGUGGACCAUAAGUACUCUCCACAUGUACACUGUAGUAUUUACCUAGUUAUCUCCAGAGCGAAACUGGAACAGUACUCUCCAAUAGUACAGCAUUCCGCGUUAAAAUACGACAGAAAAGUGCGAAAAGCAAAACAGAAUCUCGAGAAUGAGCAAUUCCGCAAGUAACAGCAUGCGAAGCCAGCAAACAGACGACACCGCCAUUGCCGUCGAUGUUGAUGUUGAUCUUGAGCGGCAAGCAAAAGAUAAUACUGACGUCUUGGGAGGUGGGGGAAAUAAAAAUCGGUCUAGCAGGCAGCGGAUACCUGGCUGGUUGAGACGGCCCAAAAUACUCGGCGUUCGUAUAACCUCUCCUAAGUUUACUUUAUCUCCGUUUAAGAAAUCAUGGGCGAUUGUAACUAAUCUUUGUACGGAUAGUCACGAGCAGGAAACGGAUCUCCGUAAUGAGGCAAUCGAGUUGUUGUUCCAGUUGCCUGCCAAGCACGCAUUGGAAUGGCCAGGAAUUUUGGUCUUCUGCUCUCACCUGGAAAGCCGCUUUGAGGAGCUGCUAAACCCACAAUUUGGGACCAUCUGGAGGAUUUUGGGCUGCACCGCUCCCUUAACCGCAGUAGGUUGCUGGCACUGGUGUUUUGCCGUGAUCAGGGCUUUUCAGGCUUUGAGUGACGAGGAAUCAUGCAUGGACAAGGCCUAUAAGCGGCUCUUGGAGAAUUCGAAGAUCUCAGAAAAUGAGAUCGAGUCAUACGAUAAGCUACAAGUCCUGCGCGCGAUGUUCGCAGUGCUAUGUUGGACAUCAGCAAUAAUAAAGCCCAUCCUGGACGUUGAAGCAGUAACUUCCACACUGGAGACAGCUAACUCAAACUUACGGCGACCAAUCGCCAAAGUGUUCUUUUACUUUCAGAGCAACACUACAGAUGUGCAGAAACCGGGGGACUACCUCGCCAAUGGCGGUAAUCAGAGCAGUGGAGGCAGCAGCGAUGACGUGCUAUACGAAUCAAGUCUGAAUUAUUCAUCACUCUCCACGAUUGGCCGAGUCAAGCUGAAAUGGGUCGAUACGCUGACCGCGCACCUCGCUUUCGACCGCUCGACUCGUGUUCUCUCCGUCUACCGCUUUCCUUCUUUCUGUGCAACCAAGGUACUGUGCAACGGCGAUGUCCAAGUUCUCAAAAGCAUUACCCAAAAACUCCUACACUCUCAGUGCUACACUGACACUUCGGAGGAAGAGUCUGCGCUACACCGUGAGAUUCUGUUGUCAUAUCGCCUGUUGUUCGGGCAAUCCUCCAGCUCCCGCAAGCUCCUCGGGCAGCUGCUCAGCCAGUCAUCAACGAAAGCAUCAAAAAAAUACAGCCAACGCUCCUCCACCAUCAGCAGUGUCAUCACAGACGACAAUGAUCCUUUCCUUGUCACCAUCUGUACCACGCCACUUCUCUCCCACUGGCGUUUUCUCGGCUUCACCGGCCUGAAUAAAGCUUCCACCCUUCUUCCAGGCACUAUUUUUCCCUCCUCAGCGCUUGACAUUAACGGCCAACUCCAGGAAUCUGAUACGUACUCGGUCCGCAAUGACUUCCCUGUCUUCGGCCCUCGGCUGCUGAUAUUGCAACGCUACAAUAUGAGGCAACAGCCCAGUAGGGUGAGAGACCUUUGGCGAGACAGGCGGAACCCGCUUCAAUGGUAUACCUUCUGGGCUGUACUGUGGAUUGGCGGAGUGAGUAUCAUAUUAGCAGUACUGCAGGUCCUAGUGGGUGUCGCGCAAAUUUAUCUCGCUGCCCGAGUGCAGCCAUAGGACGGACAGACAUUUAGGUAACGUCUUCUUUCUGGGAUUAGCGGGUGCUUCUGUGGAUACGAUAUAGAGUAAAGGAAGGGUUAAUUUGAAUGGGCUGUGACACUAUGCCACAAUGAGGGGAUCUCCUAUAAUAAUAUGUACGGGAGGGACUGAUAUACCGGGUGGUGAAUGAAAAGACCGGUGCUGUAAGUUUACGAAUAUAUACCUUGUACCAGUAAUUUAGGGCUGCAGAACGUAUUUCGGACAUUCUCGACCCGCUUCGCUAACUGCAACCAACUCGACCACCGGAUAAAAGUUCGGACUUAACGGACUAUAACUGUAGCCUCCGGCACCAGCUAGUUUCAAAUCUGGGU